UCUGGGAAAUGGAGCUGUGUUAUUUGACAAGCAACUUGUCUAACAAAUAUGCGUCAGCGCCGGAACUUUACGUACGGUCAGCGGAAACGCAAACAGACACGAAAACACCAAAGGCCCCGCAAUCGAACACCAGUAUAUUAGUGGAGGACACUUCCAUAUCGCAUGACACAAGCACAAAUACUCAGUAUAUACCACCGUUCGAGUCCGGGUCGGACAUUUUCAGGAGUAAGCCGUCGCGCAUCGGGUACCUCGCCCAGGUCUAUGUGCUGCUGAUCAUCCAGGUGGGCAUGUCCACGCUCCAGUGGCUGGUGGCCACCUAUCGAAUGCGAGUGCGAAUGAGUGGCCCGGAGCGUAAUUUCCAUGUGCUGGUGUUGUUCUUGAUCUGGCUAAAUCUGACAUUGGCCUUUUUCGGCUUUCGCCGUCUACAGAUGACAUCGCCCAUCAACUGGAUUGUGUUCGUGUGCAUAUUCGAGAGUCUCACUCUGCUUGUCAUGUGUAUCUGCACGUACGACAUGGAACUGACCUGGCACUUCAUUGUGGUCAGCGUAGUCAUAUUGUUGAUAUACACGCUGUUGGGUCUCUGGCUGCCAGCCUUUCUUACCGUCAAUCUCUGGAUACUGGUAUUCUUAAGCAUCAGUGUGCUUGUCACAAGUACCGUGGCUCUGGUCACUAGCCUCGCCAUGCACUUAUAUGUUCCGCUGGUCAUUUGCCUAAUGCUUUUCGGGCCCUGGACCAUGUAUAAUGCGUUUCAUUUGCACGGCGAUCUCCGGGACAGCUACUGGAGAUGCAGCUACCUGAGGCAGGCGGCCAAAAUGUUUAUCACCUUUGGCUGCACUGUGGGCGGUCUGGUUGUUGUGAGUCACAUCGCCCACGAGUCCAUUGAGAUUAAGAGAUGCAUGUCUUUGGUGUUUUGUGAUAAGGAAUCCCUUAGUCUGACAUAUGAAGCAGGGAAUUGAGUCCAGUCGAAUCAAACAGUUGUCACUUACUAUUUUUGUUUAUUUAUCUGUUUAUAUUGAUUUGGAUAACUAU